AUGUACUGCAGAUUCAAUGAUCUUAUCAAGGAUUUAGAAGUGUUUGAGAAGAACUACUCUCUAGGUGUUCAAGAAGAACUGAAGAAGUUAACAAUCAGUAACCAAGGCACAACUUCAUCAGAAAAUGAUUCAAAGGAAGGUGAAAAUCAAAACAGUCCAGUUAGGGAAGACAAUGACAGAGACACUACCAUUCCUAAUGAUCUUCCAAGAGCUUGCAAAUUUGUCCAAAACCAUCCUAAGGAACUUAUCAUUGGUGAUCCAUCCGAAAAGGUCAGAACACGUUCCUCUUCUAGACAACUAAUAGAUAAUUUUGCAUUGGUCUCACAUUUUGAGCCCAAAAAUAUUGUUGAUGCAUUAAAAGAUGAGAACUGGAUUUUAGCCAUGGAAGAGGAGUUAAAUCAAUUUAAAAGAAACAAGGUUUGGAUAUUAGUAGUUAGACCACAAGAUCAUCCUAUCAUUGGCACUAAACUUAGGGAUGAGGAUAUUGAAAUUGUGGAACCCUCCACCAAAGCAUCCAAAAAGAAAUCUACAAAUCAAGGUGGAAAGGCGAAGCAAACUGCUCAAAGGAAACGAGAUGCUCCAACCGUUGAGCCAUCUGAUGAGCAGAUGGAAGAGCAUCACUCUGAAGAAAAUCCAGUAAGUAGGAAUGAAGAAGAAAUUGAAGAGCCCACCCAUGCUGAAGUAACUGUCACGAAAUCACCUGGGAAAAGAAAAAGAUCUACCCAAAAGAGAAGCUCUGCUCAAUCUAAUGCAGAGAAAAUUGCUGAGGAUCAGUACACUCCUGAACCAUCUACCAGAAAAUCUCCACGGACAACGUCUGAGGUUCAGAAUACUGAGUCGUCUGUCAAGCAAACUGCAAAAAGAAAACGUUCUGCAAGGGCACCAGAGACUCAGCCUGCCAAGGAACCUACUCCUCUGCCAAAAUUCAUUGAUGAUGAGGCCAGAGACAGAUUUGAGUUGUCUUUUUUUAAUGAAAAAAGGAAUCUCCUUGUGCCUCUAAUCUCUGAAUUCAAUGAAAAUGCUCAUCAAAAAGAGCCAAGACCUCAACCCACAGAGCAUACUCCUGGUACUGAAGCCACUCCAGAAGCACAUGCUUCGAGCUCUCAGCCCAAAGAUAAAGGCAAGGCUCCAAUAACUGAGAAGGAAACUGAAGAAGAUGAUGAAGAGACUGAGGAAGAAGACCAUGUGGAUCCUGAGCAGUUUCGUCUAACCAGGAGAAAGCCUGGAUCGUCUAAAAUCACCAUCUAG